CCUCUCCUCCGUGUUGAGCCAUGCACUGGGGUGAAGCCGCAUAAAACGCGCUUCCAUAAUGCGGGCGUGAGGUGCGGAGGGGUGAACGGAGGGGGAACCAGGAGGAGGACAGCGGUGUGUGUGUGUGUGUGUGACCGGCGUUACACCGAGCAGGGACAACAACAACAACAACAACAACAUCAACAACAACCAAAAAAGAAACGCAAAAAAAAAAAAAAAAUGUCGAACCGAAAGCACCGGGACAACCAGGAGAUCUGCGCCCGCAAGGUCCGGGAGCUGGCCCAGUCCGGAGUAAACAAACACUGCUUCGAGUGCGGCCAGCCCGGGGUGACUUACACGGACAUCACGGCGGGCAGCUUCGUGUGCACGUCGUGCUCCGGAAUGCUGAGAGGCCUCAACCCUCCCCACAGAGUCAAGUCAAUCUCCAUGACAACCUUCUCCCAACAGGAAGUGGAAUUCCUCCAGAACCAUGGCAACGAGAUUGGGAGGAGAACCUGGCUGUGUGUGUUUGACCCAAAGACGGACGGCUGCUCCGACAUGAAGGACUCCCAGAAGUUCAAAGAGUUCCUCCAGGACAAAUAUGAGAAGAAGAAAUGGCAUUUUUCCAAAAGUAAGAACCGGAGGGACGUUGAAGGUCCCUGGAGCCCGGGGGUCCAGGCCAUGCCCCCAUCCCAUGGUCCCUUGGCGAGCCAGGCCCCCAACCAUAACCUGCCCUCCAACGCCAGAUCCACCAGGCCCAUGUCUCAGGCCCAGCUGCCGUCGUGGGACCGAGUGCCCGCGAUCUCACCGGCCGACAUGCGGACGGACGUGUUCACCGCUCGGCCGUCGCGCUCCCAAAGCUUCAGAGACCCCCCUCUGAAAGACCCCACCCUGUGUGGGAUAGAGAGACAGAGGCCAGGCUCCCUGUCGUCAGCACUGGGGCCUCAGAGCCACGCCCCCUCCUUCCCCGCCCUGCCACGACCAUCAGCCAGUAGCUCGUUCAAAAACCACUUCACUUUAGGUCGUACAGUAUCGGCCUCGGGGGCCACGGGGCCCUUCAGGGCCUUCCCCAAGUCUCUCAGCGUGGACUUCGGAGGUCUGAGCCAUCCUCAGCCGCAGCCUCUGCCCCAGUCUCUGUCCCAGCAGCAGCAACACCCUGCCAGUGUCGGCCAGACGACACCGCCGGUCGGCCGCUCCAGCGGCCAGGACAGGUACGCUGCCGUGUCCCAUCUGGACAGCGUGUUCUCCGACCCGCCAACGACCGCAGCGCCACCUGGUGGUCCCCCGCAGUACAGCGCCAUCUUCGGCACUAGGCUUUCAUCCAGCUCUACUCCUGCCAGUUCCCCCGGUGUCGAUUCCGUCUCCGGCUCCCAAACAUUUGCAAAUUUCCCCAACCCAUUCAGUUCCAGCUCCAGCUCCGGCUCUGCUUCCCAGCAGCCAGUCGCCCUCUCCCCCAGUAACCCCUUCAGCAACGCCUCGGGAGGUGACUCCAGUGCGUUUGUCACCUCGCCCUCCUCCGUUUUCCCUCCGUCCGCCUCCUUCCCGACGCCCGCCACCCAGAAUGCAUUUCCUCACGAGUCGGCCAGCAACCAGGAAACCAAUGGUUUCGCCUCCUUUCCCGCGUCCGACUCUCAGCCCACAGUCACCCGGCCGAUGUCGGUGAACCCGUUUACUGGGAACGUUUACUCCAGUCGGGGGACGUCGCGAAAUCCUUUCAUCUGAUCCCCACCCGCCCGCCCGCCCGCUCCUUACUUCACCCACCCAUCCAUCACCGGGAACCGAGGGAGAAGUGAACUUGAGCGGUCGCUGCCAUUUCAAUGCCUCUGGAGUAUUUUCAUCCUCUGAGGGGAGGGUUUUGACACUCCUCCUCCUCCUCCUCCUCCCUGCUCCUUAUCUGCCCCCUCUCUCAGUCUGUGUUUACGUGUUUGUAGAGGAAAAAAGAAAAGAAAAAGUGUGAAUGUAAUUAUGAAAAAAAUUCAUGUAUGUAUGAGAGUGUUGGCUUGCUGUGCUUGUACCACAAGACAAAUGUCCCAAAAAAAAGAAGGUGUUUGUGUGUUAGUAGAUGCCACCUCAGGGCUCUGUGGGGAAACGACGCCUCUAUGAUUUUUGCAGAAACACACACUUACACUCACACACACAUGUAUGUAUGUAUGUAUGUAUAUAUAUAUAUAUAUAUAUACAUACAUAUGUGUGUGUAUAUGUGUAUAUAUAUAUGUAUAUGUCUAUAUAUAU